AUGGUCAAUGCUCCUUUGAAGCAUGUUAUAUUCGUUCCUGGUCCUCCAUGGGGUCACCUGCGUCCGGGCAUGAAGACUGCACUUCGUCUGGUCGAGAAGUUCCAGGACCUGUUCAUCUCGCUGUUUGUGUACCAGACAGAGCUACACAAAGCCGUCAAGUACCUUGACGCUCAACCUCCGGUAUACACGAGACGGAUCAGGCUUGUGACUGAGCCUACCGAUGGCCCUUCAGCGGCCUCUGGCCAAAUGGUGGAAAUGAUCGCGUCCCUGGAGGUGUCGUUCGGGUCGUGGAUAGUCAAAGAGACGCAGCAAGCGACUGUUGUACAAGUCGAUGGACGACCAAUAAACCCACCCAGCGUCAUCAUAGAGGACCUGUUUACAGGCGGCUGGGACUGGCGCGCAGGGAGGCGCAUAAUCUACCGGUUGUGGGAUGGUGGCUCAUGCCGGCUGGAUCGCUCGAUCCUCACAACUACGAAUUUUGCCGGAGAGGUAGGAGCCUUGCAGGAUUCAUCUCAACACGAGACGUUGCCUGGAGAAAAUCAAGCUCCUGAGGAUGCCCGUGACCAACUAGUCAGCGUCCCAGGACUCCCACCUUACUACUCAUGGGAAUCCUACACUCAAGAUGUUCCGGGCAUUGAUUCACUUGCAGUAUAUCUAAUUGCGCGAUGGAAGAACAUGAUCAAAUACAUAGACACUGUUUUCUUCUGUACAACUUUCGAGACGGAACCUCUGGUCGCCACUGCUCUCCCACAUGCCUUCGGAAAGCCCCUCAGAGCCUAUUGCGUCGGUCCUUCUGUUGACCUUGUACCGCCUCACGAACCCGAUCCCAAGUCGCCUGUCACCCAGUUCCUUGACCGCGCAUAUGCAGAAAACGGCGCACACUCGGUCAUAUACAUUUCGUUUGGAACCUUAUUCUUCCCCCUUCCGAGUUCGAUGCCCCAUCUGAUGGCUGCUCUGGACGAGAUCCCCAAGGCCGGGUUCAAGUUCGUGUUUGCACUGUCGUCGAAGAGCGCAACGCUUGACAAGUCGUGGAUGGAUGCACAUGUCGAGGCGGGCAAUGCGGUGUUCCCCGAGUGGGCGAACCAAACUGCGGUUCUAGAGCACCCUGCAAUUCACUACUUUUUGUCUCAUGGUGGGUGGAACUCGUCGACCGAGGCGAUUGUACGUGGCGUCCCGAUGAUUUUCUGGCCGAUGACGGCUGAUCAACCUAUGAACGCUAUACAAAUUGCCUCUGUACAUGACUGCGGCUUCGAGCUUCUGCAAGUGCGGACAGGAGCUGCCAGAUCUACAGCCUACCGGAGCGGCUCCGAGGUCGAGAUUGUGGGGACGGAGGAUGCGGUACGCGAUGAGAUGAAGCAGAUACUGAAGAUGAGCAAAGGGACGCGAGGCAAGCAUCAACGGAUGAAUGUGCGCAUGCUGGGGAAGGUUGUUACUGACUCGCUCGGACCUGGUGGAAGUGGGGACAUAGCGUUGGAGAAGUUCGGUCGGGAGAUAGGCCUUGCGUGA